AUGGACCAGCAGUGCACCCACGAUGGCUGCGCCAUCUUGAAGGAGGUACGUGGGACUUUCCACUCCAACAUGCCAUGGGCACUUCCCGCUCGUCUCCGAUCUCGUGGGCUCGAGGCCGCUCUCAGUGGCGAGCGGGCCCUCUUUUCUGCCUGGCGCCCUCAGAGGGGCCCGCCCUCCAAGCGAGGCGCUGUGGAGGAGACUCGGCCUGCCCUGAUCGAACUAUGUCGACUCGGUGUGUGCGCAGAGCUGGGAGACAAGAAGCGGCUUGCCAUGUUUCUGGAGAGAUGUGGCCUGACCACGUGGGCACCCUUGACGAUACUUCUGCCAGAGGAUAUGUCUAGGAUUGGCGAAUCUGACAGCAAAACCUUGUGGUUCUUAAAGCAUGCUCGGAAGGAGCGGAAUGAAGGAGUGUCCGUACACCUGGGGCCCAGAGCUUGCCACAACGCAUGGAUAUCCGAAGAGGAUCAAGAUGACUACAUUGCUCAGUGCGAGGUGCCUCGAGUUCUGCUGGAUGAGGCCGGCCGAAAGCUAACAUUCCGGAUCUACUUGCUUUUGAUGUCGCGCGGGCAUGAAGCAUCUUCCACCAUGGCACUGGUCCGCCGGGAGUUCAUCUGCCGAUCGCAUCCUGCACCAUACGAUGCUGCGGACCCCAACCCCGCGCGGCAUGUGCACAGCACGCUUGACACCUUCGAAGGUGUGGAGGGCAGAAGCAGCCGCACGUUUGCUCAAGCUGCGGUGGUGUGGCCAGCGAUUCUGAACAUGUUGCAGGCUGUUCUGCAACCGUUCCUGGAGAGCUUCGCGGUCGCAAGUGAAGCACGCGAAGCAGGUGCAGCGUUAAGCUUCGAGAUUCUGGGAGCUGAUGUUCUGCUGGACACGACUGGGCGCCCGUGGUUGCUAGAGGUGAACCAGGGGCCAGCCUUGCUUCCUCUCCGAGGCAACCCAGCAGCAACGGCAGCACGGGAGGCAGUUCUUGACGACCUUCUCAAGGUGCUCUUGGAUCCUAUGCUUCGAUGUGGAUGCCUGGAGGAGGCGUGGGAGCAAGCAUCCAGCUCUGGCGACUGGGAUGUUCUUGCAAGCUGGCAAAGGAAUCCUCUAACUGGCCUAUGA